ACGACAGAAUAAAUCCGUGUUUUCAUUUUGUUUGUAAGUUGUUCAUUAAUGUCAGUCAAAAAUAUAGGUGAUAUUUUAAUUGUUUCAUCUAAUAGAACUAUUUAAACUGAGAAAGCUGGUUCCUGUUAUUGAAAUAUAGAAAUGGCGUCUGGAGGUCAGAAUCAAAGGAACCCGAAGUCAUCGACUUCAGAACCUCGACAGAGAACAAGCUGGCAAAGAACUACUAGUAUGUCUGAUAAAGAUGACAAUGUUAGUCUCAACAGUUUUCCAAAUGACUUGCGGCCAAAUAAUUGGGAUUUUUCUGACUGGAGGCCUACUGGCAGUAAAGAUCAGACAAAGAGACGUAAGAAAGGUAACCCAGAGUGGGAACGUGAACAGUCUCUUACACAGGACUCUCCACCUCCGUCAGAAAGACAACAUGGCACCCCGCGCACCUUUCCUAGGACUAAAUUAACCCCUAGCACUCCCACUUCUCAAAGAGUAGCUCUAGAAAAUCUGCGACAAGCUAUGACUUUUAGUGAUCAAGAAGAUGGUGUAAGUAAUGACGGGGAAAGGAACAAUGAAAGAAAUUUGUUAAGAAGGCGAGAAAAUUUGCCGAGUUAUGGCAGACAGGAAAGUGGUGGAAACAUGGAAACACAGCUUUCCAGACCUGUCCCAAAUCAACGAGAAGAUAGAAAUAAUAGAAAUAAUAACAAACAGAAUCACAAUGAAGCUCGGGCUGCAGCUGGAGGAAAACCUGACAGUAGUCAGAUUGUUGGGCGACUGAUGCAGAUACGUGACUACAUCAAACAAGCAAGCUCCAUGAUGGAUUCGCUUAGAAAAUCUGGUGAUCCGCCUGGAUACAGAGAUGAGAUGGAUCGUUUACAAAAACUGAUGGACCAUUUAAAAGAACAAGAAAGAGGUUAUACUGGCCUUUUACAAACAUUGCUUUCAGUGAGAGAGGAACCAGAUGUAAAUGAUGCUAGUCGUGAAAUGACACCAAACACUGAACCACUUGAUGAUACAAGAUCUGUUGAUCUUGAUAUACAGUCAGAAGUUUCAGACAGGGAGGAGAGGUCAGUGAGUGCAUCAUCUAGGCCAAGAAUUGAAGAUAAUCUUGGCUUGACUUCUGAUAAUGAUGAUGAAGUAGAAGAAGAAGGUGUCCCCUCAGAAACAUCUGAUAAUUCUAGCACUAUGGAUGAUACUGUGAUAUCUGCUAGGAAAAAAGAGCUGGAUUUUGAAUUGGGAGAAUCUGAGGUUUGUUGUAUCUCUUUUCAUAUUGAAGUUAAAGGGCCUGCCAAGUAAUAUAAGCAAGUUAAA